AUGUCCAACAAGCCUUCACCGGCGAAGAAGAUGAGGUAUCCCAAAUGUAAGAAGGUGAAGCCGGAGGACGAACAAGCCAGAACCGGAGGAGGCAAUGUGGUUUCCCCAACGCCGAAGACCGACCCUAGCCUAGCGGCAAAGGAGAGAGCGAAGGAGAGGGCGAGGGAGAAGGAGUUGGCGGAGGCGCAGAUCCACAACAGCGAAAUUGCCAAGAUCUUGAGGUUAAGUUUAUUAGAUAAAGUUUUCAUCCGUUUCAGGAGACCAGGUGAUUAUCAUUUCACGGCGGGACUUGACGUUACUGUGGGACAAGAAUCUCAACAUACUACCAUCUACAUAGAUGACAGCAAUAAUUGCAUCUUCCGAGUUCCUAAAGUGCUCCAGAAACAAAACCCAGACGCAUAUACACCUUACGUUGUCUCGAUUGGACCUUUUCAUCGAAGAAUGGAGACCAAGGUUCAACGCAAAGAUGACAAGAAGAAGGGAAAGAAGAAAGGCAAAGAUGGUAGCAAUGACAAGGAUUAUCAAUAUAUUCAACUCAUCAAACGAAUGAAAGAGAGAUACCUGAAUGAAGUCCUCUCAUACAUGCACAUGACUGAUCGCACAGAGUUGAUUAAAAAAGUUGUUGAGAUUUCAGGUCCUAGAUAUGAUGCGCCUAAUCAGUUUGAGAAACGCGCCCGCAAUUUCUAUGCAGAGCAACUUGAUUAUAACUCAAACGACUUCAUCGAAAUGAUGGUAGUCGACGGCUGCUUUCUAAUUCAACUGUUUCGAAAGUGCAACGAUGAGCAACUUAGGGGAUGUUAUGACCCAUUGUUCAGCAUGGAGUACAUGUUCCAUUUCUUAUGCCAUGACCUUUUGCUUCUUGAAAACCAACUACCUUGGUUUGUUCUCGAAACAAUUUAUGGCCUGAUCCUUGAGUAUUCCCAGUGUCGUUCCACACUCCUCUCUGUUCUCGUACUUGAUGCCUUCAAGGAAUUACCCUCGCUGAAGCAUUGUCAAUCCUAUAAAGAUCAUCUUCUUCAAUACCAUCCUCAUAGACGGAAUUGGCGGGGUCCUGAUAAUGCUAACUUUCUACACAUACUCGAUCUUAUGCGAGAUACAAUAGUUCUCCCACAUCUGAACGGAGACCAGACAGAAUCUAAACAACAGAAGCUCGACCCAGAUGUACAUGAAAUGCACAGUGCAACUACUCUAUCAAAGGCAGGCAUCGCAUUCAAAGGCAUCCAAUCAAAAACAGGCAUUAUGGACAUACAUUUCAAAAAGAGCUGGUUUCCGUACGCGUUGAUCUUCAAUGGAGUUCUUAACAUUCCGAAGUUGCACGUCGGAAUGCUAUCCGAAUCAUUAUUCAGGAACCUCAUAGCUUUUGAGCAAUGCUAUGACGGUAUUCCUAAUAAAGUAACAUCGUACGCCGUCUUCAUGGAUAACCUCAUCUCUACCCAAGAGGACAUGGAUUUACUUUGUAAGGCAGAAGUAAUAGGCAACUGGCUAGGCGAUGAAGAGGGUUGCAAGUUCUUCAACAACCUUUACAAAGGCAUCCCGCACAGCAAGUUCUACUACCACGAUCUCUGCAAGGAACUGCAGGAUCGUUACAAAAUCCCUUGGUAUACACAUGUUGCUUCUUUCAAGACUCAAAAGCUUUCUAAUCCAUGGGCAGUGAUUGCUUUCUGCACAGCUCUUGUCCUUCUCACUCUCCAACUAUGGAACAGCACAAAUAGCCUCAGGUCCUUCAGGAAGCAGAACAAUGGUUUUUGA